AUCGUGAUGCACCUCUGAGUGACGCAUCCACCCAUCAGCUGUUUUUGUUUUGCUGUGUGAAUAUUGGAAGUUAAUAACAUGGUAACAACAGUGUCGACUGGGCGAAGUGAAAGGGCUCAGUAAGGAGGUAUUAUAGUCGAUCUUUUCUCCUGUUCAGGUUGUAUAGUUCACGCGGUGAGUACUGUGUGCCAUCUGAGCCCGCCCGGAUAUUCCUCUCCCUGAAGAGUGUGAGCGUGGCGCUUGGAGUCGGGGAGCGGAGGAGGGGAAGCGGGUUCCGGUUGGGAUCGACCCGAGCCCAAGGCCUCCGACCUCGGCCGGCGAGAGAAGAGGGAAUUUGGCUGCUCGGAUGGAGUCCCAGGACGUACCGGACGGCCCCGCGGUGCACCGAGGCUUCAUCUGUGCCUCGUUUAACCAGGACACCACCUCUCUGUCAGUGGGCACCAAGACUGGCUACCGGCUCUUCUCAGUCACUGCUGUGGACAAACUAGACUGCAUCCACGAGGGAGUAGAGUGUCCAGAUGUGUAUAUAGUGGAGCGACUUUUCUCCAGCAGUCUGGUGGUGGUGGUCAGUCUGUCCAUGCCACGGCGAAUGAACGUCUACCACUUCAAGAAAGGAACAGAGAUUUGUAACUACAGCUACUCCAACAACAUUCUCUCCGUCAGGCUCAACAGACAGCGGCUGGUGGUGUGCCUGGAGGAGUCGAUCUACAUCCACAAUAUCAAAGACAUGAAACUACUCAAGACUCUGCUCAACACACCGACCAACCUCUCAGGUCUUUGCGCUCUCUCUGUCAACCACAGUAACUCCUACCUGGCGUACCCUGGCAGCGCCACCAUCGGAGAGAUCACUGUCUACGAUGCAAACAACCUGAGCACUCUGACGCUGAUCCAAGCCCAUGACAGUCCCCUGGCAGCCCUCACCUUCAAUGCCUCUGGCACCAAACUGGCCAGCGCUUCAGAGAAGGGCACCGUCAUCAGGGUGUUCAGCAUUCCUGAAGGACAGAGACUGUUUGAAUUCCGCCGAGGGAUGAAAAGAUAUGUUAGCAUCAGCUCAUUGUCCUUCAGUGCAGAUGCCCAGUUCCUGUGUGCUUCCAGCAACACUGAGACAGUCCAUAUCUUUAAACUGGAGCAGCACAGCCCCAGUCAAGAGGAGGUGUCUCCUACAUGGUCAGCAUAUGUGGGCAAAAUGUUCACAGCAGCCAGCACCUACUUGCCCACCCAGGUGUCCGACAUGAUGCACCAGGACAGAGCCUUCGCCACCGUACGACUCAACAUGUUCGGCCUGAAGAACAUCUGCGCCCUGGCUACAAUUCAGAAGCUCCCUCGCCUGCUGGUGGCGUCUUCAGACGGGUUUCUCUACAUUUAUAAUGUGGAUCCACAGGAUGGAGGCGAGUGCGUCCUGGUCCAGAAGCACAGGCUGUUCGACUUCAGUGAGGAGCAGGUGGAAGACAAGGAAGAGGAGAAACAAGAGGAUGUCUCUCCCCAGCCAGCCAGCCAAUCAUAUGCUGCCACUGUGGCUCUCUCUUCAACCCCGCCUUCCUCCACCACUCUCAUGGGUUACUCUGAGGAUGGUGGAGCCCAGAAGGGCGAGGUCAUCCCGGAGCACGAGUUCGCUGAGGGCCCCGUCUGUCUGGAUGACGAGAAUGAGUUUCCUCCAGUCGGCAACCAGAGUAACUGACUCCCCCACCCCACGAAACAUCCGAUCCCUGCAUAACAAUCAGACUCACUUGUUUCAAGCAGGGAAGGUGGACAAAAAUAUUCCUGUGUUGAGACAUUGUGGCACCCCCACCCUUCCACACGUACCCCUGCUGGACUAGGGUCAAUUCUUGCCAGAACGUUACGUCCUGGUGUUUCUAUAUCCUGCGUCCUGCCACUCACUUUUGUAAAGAAUAAAAAAAACACUAAAAAAGAGUGGAUUGUCCACUCAUCAUUAAAAAACACAUUUUAAACUCUUUUCUUAGACAUAUUCAAAGACCGUCUAAGAUUCCCACUGUUAACUCCCAUAUUAUGCCAUUAACAAACAGUGUUCAUCUUCUUUUUUAAUAAUGACAACACAGUGAAGUUAUUGUUGCACAAUAUUAUCAUGGAAGUGACCAGAUGAGCAUGCGGUUGGUCCAGCAGACUAUUAAUGAGCAGACUGAAUAUACCAAGGUAGUAGAGAAAACAGGCGGGCUUGGCCUGCAGCCAUUGUAGAGUAACCAGUGGCCAGAUUCACAAAAUACCCUCUAUAGAGAGAUGCCAAGAUGUCAUGUAAAAGUUAAUUUUAGCUGCGUCUACAGCCAAGUGAAACCAGACAAUAAUAUGAUGAAAUAAGCAAAAUCUCUUAAGAUCAUGUUUUCUGUCACUUACAAGACUUCUGAAAAUCUAUAAUAGGGGCAUUUCUGUUAGUCGGGCCUCAGGAAUGGGCAUUAUGGGCAUUAAACUUGUCACACCUCAGGAAAGGAGAGCAGUAGUUCACUCAUGAAAGGAAAAGAUGUUGUAAGUGUACACUAUUUAAACUACGAUACACGCAGUAAAGUAUUACAUGACUUGCAGAUGCAGCUGUCAUACUAAUUAGGGUAGCAGUAGAUGAGACUAAAAACCGGCGCAGUCUCAAAUGUAACCUGAUAAUAUAUCUGGAAGCUCUGUGGGAGGAGCAGUCAACAGCUAAAUGUGAAAUACUUAAUGGUGAGUUGUACGUGACACAGUUACAGGUCCUUGAAUUUCAGUGAUAUCCUGAAGACCAUUUUAUUUACUCCAUGAUGCUGAAGACAGUAUGUUAACAUGUAAGUCAUAGUCAUUUUUACUUUGAUGUAUUAAAUAUUCUUUUGCAAAAUGUUUGAAGUAUUACACAUCAACGCAUAGGCUUCCCGUGCGUAAAUAUAUAUUGAGGAUUUUUACUGUGUGUAUAAUGUAUAUAUAACAUUUAUAUAUAGUACUGUUGUAAUAAGUAACAUGGUAAUACCAUUUGAUUUGCCAAAAGGUGGCACUGUUAGGACACCCCUAUGCUGCAUUGAGCUGUUCAAUACUGGACAUUUACACCAGAGAUUCAUUAAAGCUGAGAAGUGAUUCAA